AUGGACCGAACGUCGGCCUCUGGGCCGGAUCUUUACCUGAUUGCCGAUCAGGAUACCGUAUACGAGCAAGACCUUCUACGAGACUCUGGCAGUAUUAAGCCAUGGCUUGCUUACAUCGAGUACAAACAGCAGCAUGGGACUCUCUAUGAGCAGGCCUUUGUAAGCUUUUCUGGCUCUGAUUUGUCUGGGAGGGUUAUGGAGCGCGCCUGCAGGCAGCUCCCAAGGUCUUACAAGCUGUGGAAGUUGUACCUUGAAUUUAGAAUGAAUCACCUUCGAGGUCGCAAUGCGACUAUAUACCGGGCCGAAUACCAAAAAGUGAACGCCCUCUUUGAACGAGCUCUCAUACUUCUCAACAAGAUGCCACGGAUAUGGGAAAUGUAUCUCUCUUUCAUGCUCCAACAGCCCCUCGUCACACAGACUCGGCGGACUUUUGAUCGCGCACUUCGAGCUCUACCUGUCACCCAGCACAACCGGAUUUGGAAACUCUACAAGUCGUUUGCGCGCUCUGCCUCUGGGCAAACUGCCGUGAAAAUCUGGGCUCGGUAUAUGCAGAUUCACCCGGAGAAUGCUGAAGAAUAUAUCGAACUGCUCGUUGAGAUGGGCCAGUAUACAGAAGCCGUGAAGCGAUAUAUGGAUAUCCUCGACAACCCACGUUUCCAGUCGAAGGAGGGAAAGAGUAAUUUCCAACUAUGGACCGAAAUGGUGGACUUACUCGUCUCCAAAGCGAAGAAGAUUGAAACCGGCCCCCAAGUUGGCAUCGAUGUGGAUGCCAUUCUUCGAAGCGGAAUUGAUCGGUUCGCGGAUCAGCGAGGAAAGUUAUGGGCUGGCUUGGCCACAUACUGGAUUACAAAGGGAAACUUCGAAAAGGCACGAGAUGUUUUCGAGGAGGGAAUUACUACCGUCAUGACCGUUCGCGACUUUACACUUGUCUUCGACUCGUACGUCGAGUUUGAGGAAUCGAUCAUUGGAAGCCUGAUGGAAUCGGCAGCAGUGCGAGCCGAGAAGGGCAAAGAUGACGAAGAUGCCGAUUUCGACCUUGAUCUUCGCAUGAUGAGAUUUGAACAGCUAAUGGACCGACGACCUUUCUUGGUCAAUGAUGUUCUCUUGAGGCAGAACCCCCACAACGUCAUUGAAUGGGAAAAGCGAGUGGCUCUAUGGGGUGAUAACAAACACGAAGUUGUUCAAACAUAUACGGCCGCUAUUGCAGCCAUCAACCCCAAGAAAGCCCAUGGCAAGUUUUCCGAGCUCUGGGUCAAUUAUGCCAAGUUCUACGAGACUGGUGGAGACUUGGACACAGCAAGAGUCAUAUUCGAUAAGGCCGUGAAGGUCCCGUUCAAAGCCGUUUCCGAAUUGGCAGAAACAUGGUGUGAAUGGGCGGAAAUGGAACUUCGAGGCGAGAACUUCGACAAGGCAGUUGAGAUCAUGGCAAAGGCAACACAAGCGCCCAAGAAAUCUUCGGUGGACUAUUUCGAUGAGACACUUUCCCCCCAGCAGCGAGUUCAUAAGAGCUGGAAACUCUGGAGUUUCUAUGUCGAUUUGGUCGAGAGUGUUGCGUCCUUGGAUGAGACAAAGAGGGUCUACGAGAGAAUCUUCGAACUUCGCAUCGCAACUCCCCAAACAGUCGUCAACUACGCCAAUCUCAUGGAGGAACACAAAUAUUAUGAGGAUUCUUUCAAGAUUUACGAGCGUGGACUGGACCUCUUUAGCUACCCGGUUGCGUUUGAGCUCUGGAACCUUUACUUAACCAAAGCAGUGGAUCGGAAGAUCGGUAUCGAGAGAUUACGUGACCUUUUUGAGCAGGCUUUGGAUGGCUGCCCCCCCAAGUUUGCCAAGCCUCUCUACUUGAUGUAUGGCAACCUGGAAGAAGAACGUGGUCUUGCACGACAUGCGAUGAGAAUCUACGAGCGUGCUACUCGCGCAGUAUCCGACGAGGACCGGUUCGAGAUGUUCGAGUUCUACAUUACGAAAUCCGCUUCGAACUUCGGCUUGACCUCCACAAGACCCAUCUACGAGCGGGCCAUUUCCGCUCUGCCUGACCAGGAAGCGAAGCUCAUGUGUCUCAAAUUCGCAGAGAUGGAAAGACGUCUUGGCGAAAUCGACCGCGCACGUGCGAUUUACGGGCACGCAUCCCAGUUUUGCGACCCCCGAACCAACGCCGAAUUCUGGCAGAAAUGGGAGGCAUUCGAAGUGCAACACGGAAACGAAGACACCUUCAAGGAGAUGCUUCGUAUCAAGAGAAGUGUGCAAGCGCAAUACAAUACCGAUGUCAACUUUAUUGCAUCCCAGGCAAUCGCCCGCAGUCAACAACGUACACAAGAUGGCGAGAGAGGAAUGGAGGAGAGCGAAGAAGACAUGGAUGUGUCCAAGGAACAGGCAGACGCCAUGGCGGCCUUGGAACGUCAAGCACGCGCUCCAGUGGGCUUUGUCGCUGCCAGCACUGGCCCAGAGGGAGGCAACCGUCCACCACCCCCUGGCCAAGAGCAGCAACAGCCGUCGGCCCCUGUUAACCCUGAUGCUAUUGACCUUGAUGAUGAUAUGGACGCUGAAUAG